GUGGCCUGAAGGCAGGGCAUGACUUCAUAAUGGAAUGAGACGCAAAACUCAUUCAAAACAGUCUGUUGAAGAAUCUGAGGCUUUGAAUCGCGCUUUCACAGGGUUAGUCAUCGCAGACGAAACCCCUUUCUAUCUGCUGAACUGACUGCAGCUGCUUUUUCAAGCUAUCUUUUAUCUUUUUUUUUCUGAGGGAUAGGCCUAUGCCUACUGUAAUACGCAAUUUUAAAACGGGACGCGUGAUGCAUUUUUCAGUUCUAUUUCAUUAUUACAUUUGAACGUGAAACCGUUUGGUGAUGGGGAAGAGCAUGAAGUGAUUGUCAUUUGUCGGCGUUUGGGGGAGUGUGGUGACCGAGCUUUGGUAUCGGGGUAGGCUAUAUCAUAGCGCUCCAGUCUUAAAUAUCAUUUUUUGUGGUGGAGCCCUUCGCAAUCGGCAUAUUUCUCUCCGUCUCUGGUAAGUGGGGGAGGCGGAGAGAGACAGGGCAGUGGGAAAAGGCGGUUUAUUACCCGUGGAACAAAACACUGUUUCGUUAGGGGCAUGAAUCGUAUGCAUUUUUUGCAAGUGGACUAUAAAACGAAUUGUUCACUGCAGCAUUUGGCGUAUUUUCUCUGCGGCGAAUGAUAUAGAAAACCAUCAGUGCUGAGCACGGCGCCCACCCGACCACUGCAAUUUCUGGGCAAAGAUAGACUGGCGUCGUCUUGCGGAUAGGCUACUAUGGCAGCAUAGGAGCAUCUUCUGAUGGGGGGAAUCCAUGAAUCCCUUGCAUUUUAGAAUGUAUUUUUAGCAGAAUGCAGUGAUGGGAUUUUAAACCCAGCCUCAUUACGCGGUUUCCGGUUCCUAACUGGUGUUUCCACAUUGCAAAAUUAUUGGAAAAAGCAGCGGAUCCCGAUGGCAUGGACACUUACGCAAGGUCUGCCGCGCCGCCGUGCUACUGGAGCCUAUUUGCUCUCUCUUCCUUCAACCCAGCUCCACCGCCAUCGCCCCGCAGCCCAGAGAGCCCUGCCGCAACGCGAUCAGCCACCACCGAGCCAAAGCAGGCGGCAUGAGGCUUGAUUCAGUACAUUUAUCCAUGCUGGUCAUCGGGGUCUCCUUCGCCUGCUACUCCCCGAGUUUGAAUUCCCUGCAGGACCAGGCUUACAAAUCCGCUGUGGUGAUCGAGGGCAAGGUGCAGUCUGCGCCUCUGAACGUCUCAGCGGAGCCGUACCGUGUGAGUGUCAAAGUGCUGGACGUGUGGCCGCGGAACAGCGGGGGUCUGGGACGGGAGCAGCUCGUCACCGUGGGGGAAUUCGGAUCGGAGGCUCCGUGCACCACAGUGAUAAAGAAUCACAAGUACAUUUUUUUCAUGGACCCAACCGAGGAUCCCUUGGUUUUCAAGGCAUCGUAUGCUCCCCUAGACACUAGUGGGAAGAAUCUAAAAAAAGAUGUUGGGAAGAUAUUGUGUGAAAACUGCGCUAUUGCCCCAAAGUUAAAGCGAAUGAGGAACCCACUGAUGGUGGACGAGGGAAGCAGGCUCAUGGUCAAAUGUGAGGCUACAGGGAACCCCAGCCCUACCUACAAAUGGUUCAAAGAUGGCAGUGAGCUCAAGAAAAGCAGAGAGGUCAAAAUAAAGUCCAGCCAGAAGAACUCCAGGGUCCAGAUCAGCAGAGCCAAGCUGGAGGAUUCUGGGAAUUACACGUGUGUGGCAGAGAACCUUCUGGGGAACUCCAACUCCACCAGCACUGUUCAUGUCCAAAGCAUAACCACCACACUAUCGCCAGGCUCUGGCCACGCCAGAAGAUGCAACGACACCGAGAAGGAUUACUGCGUGAACGGCGGCGACUGUUACUUUAUACAUGGUAUCAAUCAGCUCUCCUGCAAGUGUCCGAAUGACUUUACUGGCGACCGCUGUCAAAACUACGUUAUGGCCAGUUUCUACCAGCAUCUUGGGAUUGAAUUUAUGGAGGCGGAGGAGCUCUAUCAGAAAAGAGUCCUGACAAUCACGGGGAUCUGCGUGGCUCUGUUGGUGGUGGGAAUUGUGUGUGUGGUGGCCUACUGCAAAACCAAGAAACAGAGGAAGAAGAUGCACAAUCACCUGCGGCAGAACAUGUGUGCGGAUCACCCCAACCGGAACCUAGCGAAUGGACCCAAUCACCCAGGACCAGGCCCCGAGGAGAUACCCAUGGUAGAUUACAUCUCAAAGAAUGUUCCUGCAACGGAGCGUGUCAUACGGCAUGGAACAGUGGCUUCUUUCCCUGGCAGCCACGCGUCUUCCAGAUCUCACAACUCCUACACCCAUGCCCGUUCAUCCACUCACAGACACGAAGAGCGGACGUGGAGCCUGGAGCGGACUGACAGUGUCCUCUCGGACUCGCCGGGCAUGAUGUCGUCCUCCGUGGGGACCAGUAAAUGCAACAGUCCUGCGUGCAUGGAGGCCCGGGCCAGGCGUGCCGCACACUGUGGCUUUACUGUGCCCCACCGGCCGGGCCUGCAGUACGGAGACUCGUUCGACUCGCUGGGGGACUCGCCACACAGCGACAGGUAUGUGUCAGCCCUGACGACGCCGGCCCGCCUCUCUCCAGUGGACUUCCAUUACUCACUGCCCCCGCAGGUGCCUAUCUUCCAGAUCACCUCCCCCAACACCAGCCAGGCCAUGUCCCUGCCGCCAGCCGCCCACACCCGCUACCCUCUGGAAGAUGACCAGCCUCUGCUGCGGCGCUACCAGGUGCCCCUGCACGACGUCCAGCGCCAGGAGCCCUACCGGCAGCAGCGCCGCACCUACCUGAACGACAGCACGGGCAGCCUGCCCUCCAGCCCCUACCGGCUGGCUGAGGAAGAAGACUACGAGACCACGCAGGAGUACCUGUCCUCCCGAGAGCAACCAAAGAGAACUGGGUCUGGCAGCGGUGGUGGUGGGGGUCGGCGCGUGCGGAGGUCCAGGCUGAACGGCCACGUAGCGCCGCGAGGAUACGAGGCAUCACGGGACUACGGCUCUCGCAGCUGCCUGACGGACAGCGAGUCGGAGGAGGAAGAGGGCGAGAGCACGCCCUUCCUCAGUAUGCAGAAUAUGAACGCGGAGCCCUCCACCAUCUACAGGCCAGCCGACAGUCGGACUUCUCAGUCGCACUCUACGGGGCGGCACGGUGCACGCGGGAACGUACAGACCAGACAGACGCACUCGCGGUCCAAACCGGACAAUGCGCCCCACUAAAGAAAGAAGUCGACCUACCAACAAAAAAUCUAUAUACUAUAAACCUGCACCUAUAAGAAAUAUUUUUAUUUUAUAUAACUGACAGAUAUUCUAAACAAAUGAAAUAUUUAUUUUCAUUUUAGCAAAAGUUGUCUACUAGUUAACAGCAAAGACUUUUUUAUAGGGAAAACUCUAUUUAUAUGUACAUUUUGAUUUACAGCAUAAAAACACGUGCCAAUUUUUUCACUACUUAAAAAUAGAGUAAUAUUGUGGUGCCUUUUGCUGUAUGCCGAUGCCAGAGGGCCAGUGGAGGUUUUUGCUGUGUGCCGAUGCCAGAGGGCCAGUGGAGAAUUUUUUGCUGUGUGCCGAUGCCAGAGGGCCAGUGGAGAAUGUUUUUGCUGUGUGCCGAUGCCAGAGGGCCAGUGGAGAAUUUUUUGCUGUGUGCCGAUGCCAGAGGGCCAGUGGAGAAUUUUUUGCUGUGUGCCGAUGCCAGAGGGCCAGUGGAGAAUUUUUUUGCUGUGUGCCGAUGCCAGAGGGCCAGUGGAGAAUUUUUUGCUGUGUGCCGAUGCCAGAGGGCCAGUGGAGAAUGUUUUUGCUGUGUGCCGAUGCCAGAGGGCCAGUGGAGAAUUUUUUUGCUGUGUGCCGAUGCCAGAGGGCCAGUGGAGAAUUUUUUUGCUGUGUGCCGAUGCCAGAGGGCCAGUGGAGAAUUUUUUUGCUGUGUGCCGAUGCCAGAGGGCCAGUGGAGUAUUUUUUUGCUGUGUGCCGAUGCCAGAGGGCCAGUGGAGAUUUUUUUUGCUGUGUGCCGAUGCCAGAGGGCCAGUGGAGAAUUUUUUUGCUGUGUGCCGAUGCCAGAGGGCCAGUGGAGGUUUUGGCUGUGUGCCGAUGCCAGAGGGCCAGUGGAGGUUUUUGUAGCCUUUUCUUAUAUGGACAUCAUUUUUUUAUACACUUCCUCUUUUGUUUUCUCUUUUGGCUUUUUUUUCUUUCUGGGAGUCUAGCCCCAUUUGAACAUUACUCCUCCCCUUCCACAUCAUGCAAUAUAAACCACUUAAUCAUAAGGUGUAUGUUUACAUUAAUAUAAUUUGCCUAUAGGGUUUACCAUUUUUGGCGUCCAAUAGAAAAUCUGAUAAAUGCAAUGCAGGUCCUUUUUGCUCUCUGAGUGAAGGAGUGUGUGGGCGUGUGUGUGUUGUACCAACUCAUUGCUCUAUUGGGCACUAAAGCAAGCUGAAUCAGUAGAGGAAAGCUGCUGAUGCACAGUGAGGCCCAGCCUGGGUUGUGCUUCUGUUGGGUAGAGAGUUCUGUUGGGUAGAGAGUUCUGUUGGGUAGAGAGUUCUGUUGGGUAGAGAGUUCUGCAUGUUGUUGCUUGAUGUGUGUUUACAGCUGCCUCACCUAACCUACCCCACCCCACCCAUCCUUGUCCCAACAGGGUAAGGUUUUACUUCAUGGCCCCCUCUUUGUCUCAACAGGGUAAGGCUUGUCUAAUGGCCCCCGCCUUGUCCCAACAGGGUAACGAUUGUCUAAUGGCCCCCACUUUGUCCCAUCAGGGUAAGGCUUGUCUAAUGGCCCCCUCCUUGUCCCAACAGGGUAAGGCUUGUCUAAUGGGCCCCUCCUUGUCCCAACAGGGUAAGGCUUGUCUAAUGGCCCCCUCCUUGUCCCAACAGGGUAAGGCUUGUCUAAUGGCCCCCACUUUGUCCCAAUGGGGUAAGGCUUGUCUAAUGGCCCCCUCCUUGUCCCAACAGGGUAAGGCUUGUCUAAUGGCCCCCUCCUUGUCCCAACAGGGUAAGGCUUGUCUAAUGGCCCCCUCCUUGUCCCAACAGGGUAAGGCUUGUCUAAUGGCCCCCUCCUUGUCCCAACAAGGUAAGCCUCCAACGUCCUGGCCUAUCUGUGAUUCUGAAGAAGAAAUGCCACUUGUCAGUGUACAGUAGCAGUUAGUCUUCCAUCAGUGAUAGUGGCUCAAUACAAAGACACUUUCUCCAAUGACCCCCAUGCUUGUCUAAUGGGCCCCUCCUUGUCCCUCCUCUUCCUCACCUGUCCAUUGUGUCCCCGUGGCCAGAGUAAAGGGCCGCACAGCGUCUCAGGACUUCCACCCACCCCUCUGCCCCCCCCCCCCCACCAUCAGACCUACCUAGGACUAAGGUCUCCCCAAGGACAUUAAGGUCACACCCAACUUGCUAUUCCUCUGAGCACACCCAUCUAGAGAAAAGUAAAGCAGAGGGUUGAACAGAACAGAACACACUACACCAAUACAAGAUAAAUAGCUGUGAAACUUUGGAGGGUCAUAAAAUGCCAAAAUAUGCAAACUUUCCAUCUUUGCUCUGUUUGACGACAUCAUUUUGUAAGAGGUGACUGUAGUGUGUUGUGUGAAACCUAUGUAAUGCCUAUAGUGUAGAAGAAGAAGAAGCAGCAACAUGAUAUGAAUACAUGUUUACAUCAUGAUUAUAUUUCAUGCAGUUAUGCAGCCAUUUUGCUCAAAUUGUCCAUUUUCCUCAUUCACAGAUUCAUGUUCAUAGAUUUUUUUGGGGGGGUUCUUGAAUUCUUAUCUCACUGUGUCGAGACCAAGCAGACAACACGCAAGUCUACAGGAAUGACUAACCACUUUAAAGGGUCUCAUACACUAACGUCGAGUGCUGCUCAGUCUUGUGGAUAAGGAUAGUGAUUUGGUGCCUGUUAAGAAGUAUGUCACUAAAAGUUAACAAAUUGUUUGUUCAAACUUCUGUCCUCCACUCCAAAAAAUAUUGCAGGAGCUUGUUUUGGCAAUGCAUUUGAAUUGUAGUGACAGAAAACAGUUGAUAAUCUUGCAGAACUGGUCAUAUACAUUUUGAAAUACAACCAAAAAAACUCAAAUGACUGUACCAGGACAAAUCAUCAGGUUAAUCUAGAUGACAACCAAACUGACAAGUAGGAUUUGAAACAGAACGUGUAACUGCUGUAUGAUGAAGGCAGAGUGACAUAGACACAUAGACAAUGGUUUUCUGUCUCAUCCCCCCCCCCUAUGGAUUUUCUCUCCUUCUGCUUUUUCACAGUCUGGGUCUAAUUUUGUAUGUUUUAAAAAUGCAAAAGUAGACAGUGCUUCUUUUAGUUAGUUUAAAUGUGAUAUUUCCCCCCCCAUCUUGCCCCCUCCUCACCCGAUAGAAGUGCUGCCAGAUUCAUCCUGUUUUUAUUUUUCUUCCCUCCCCGCUUGAAAUAUUUGAACACCUCUCCUCUGCAUGUGCUUGUGGUCAAGGUUAGAUGCGUGCAUGGUAAAAAAGCAGCAGACAUUUUAUUUUCGGUCAGUGAAAGUGUAUUUCAUUUCACAUUCAGCAAUAAUAAAAAAAGACCCCCCCCCCAUUGUCCAUUCUUGGAAUAUGCUAGAAAAAAUGUGAGAUUGUCAUAGAUUGUUAAAUAAAAUGAAAAAAAAUGAUCCACCUGUUCAUAUGAUCAAAUAAAUCUUUAUUCAUAUCAUUUUAA